AUUAGUGCUUUUGCGUUUUGAAAGAGAGACUAUAUACAAAACCAUUAGUGCUUUUUGAGUUUUGAGAGAGACUAUACAAAAAAGCCAUCACUGCUUUCACACAAACCACAAGGAGAGAGAGAGAGAGAGAGAGAGAGAUAUGGGGUUGCUUGAGCUGGCUACAGGUUUUAACAUAGCCGUGUUGCUGGUCUUUUUUCUCUUCCUGGUCACCUUAAGAGUGUUAUUUUCUUGCUGGAUUUCACCAACUCUUAAGUAUUGGAAAAUUCGGAGAAAUGGGUUUGGAGGUCCAACUCCAAGUUUUCCUUUUGGUAACAUUAAGGAUAUCGUUAAGAUGUCCAGUGAUUCUUCGUUGCAGUCUUCGAAUUCUCCACAUGAUAUACACUCAAAUGUUUUUCCCUACUUUGCACAAUGGCAAAAGAGUCAUGGAAAAACGUUCAUAUACUGGCUGGGCACAGAGCCAUUUUUAUAUAUAGCAGAGCCUGAGUUCCUAAAGAAAAUGUCUAGAUCAGUCAUGGCAAAGAGUUGGGGAAAGCCAACUGUGUUCAAAAAUGAUAGAGACUCUAUGUUUGGCAAUGGUUUGGUGAUGGUUGAAGGAGAUGAGUGGGUUCGUCAGCGACAUGUCAUUACUCCUGCAUUCAAUCCAAUCAACCUGAAGGUUAUGGCAAGCUUAAUGGUGGAGUCAGCCACUAAUAUGCUAGAUAAUUGGACUACCUUCAUUGAUUUAGGGAAACCAGAGAUUGAUGCAGAGAGAGAAAUUAUAAAAACAGCUGGAGAGAUCAUUGCUAAGACAAGCUUUGGUGUAAGUUACAAAACUGGCCAGAAUGUGUUAGAAAAACUAAGAGCCCUGCAAGUGACUCUCUUCAAAUCUAACCGUUUUGUGGGGGUCCCUUUUAGCAAAUUCUUUUUCCCUAAGAAAACCCUAGAGGCCAAAAGACUUGGCAAGGAAAUCGACCAACUGUUUUUAUCAAUCAUAAAUGAUCGAAAAAAUUCGAUUAAAGGGAAAACUCCACAAGACUUGCUAAGCAUAUUGCUUCAAGGGAGUCCUGUUGAUAGUCGAUUAGGAAAGACAUUAUCACAGCAGGACUUAGUGGAUGAGUGCAAGACUUUCUUCUUUGGAGGCCAUGAGACAACAGCAUUGGCAAUCACGUGGACAUUGUUACUUUUGGCCAUGAAUCCAGAGUGGCAAGACCAGUUGAGAGAUGAGAUCAGAGAAAUUGUUAAAGAUGGAGAGAUUGAUGUUAAUACGCUUGCUGGACUAAAGAAGAUGGGAUGGGUGUUAAAUGAGGUUCUUCGGCUUUACCCAUCAUCACCAAACAUACAAAGGCAAGCAAGAGAAGACAUUCGAGUGGAUGACUUAACAAUUCCUAAUGGAACCAACAUGUGGAUUGACGUGGUGGCCAUGCACCAUGACCCGGAACUGUGGGGUGAGGAUGUGAAUGAGUUCAAGCCAGAGAGGUUCAAGGGUGACAUGUAUGGAGGGUGCAAGCACAAGAUGGGGUACCUGCCUUUUGGGUUUGGAGGAAGAAUGUGUGUUGGUAGGAACUUGACGUUUAUGGAGUAUAAGAUUGUCCUUACCCUAAUUCUCUCUAGGUUUUCUUUUACCCUCUCCCCAACUUACACUCAUUCUCCUACUAUUUUGCUCUCUCUAAGGCCUAAGUAUGGACUGCCUCUCAAAUUUCAACCCCUUUAGACCAACUAGUUCAACAUACCAACACCAAUCGAUUACUUUAUUGUUCUAGCUAGUAAAAUAUAAACCACAUGAAGCAUUUGUCUUUCUUUUAGCUCGAAAUAUAUAUGUUGAAUGAAAAGAAUUUAUUAAUUACUCCCAAAUCCAUUAUGUGUAUCUUCACCUACAUUAUGUUAUGGGAUCUUGUAGCGAAAAGCAUGUGUUCUAUAUAUCUUUCAAAUUAGGAGAGAGCUUUGUCUCUUUUUAUGUCCCAAUAUAUAUAACAAGUAGU